AAACGACCAGUCUUAAAACCGUUCUCAGUUUAAUCCGCUCGACACCCGCGACUCCGAACGCGUUUCGCGGUUUAUUCCUUUUUCCUUCUUCCUUUACUUCUCGCUAAAUUAUGAACGUCCGAUCUAUCCCUAGGAGAUUAGAAUAUCCUUCGUUGUUUUAACCAAAGCGUUAGAAUGCGCCAUCAUUAAUCGUUUCGUUGACAAAAAUUAAAGUUACAAAUUUUGACCGAAAGUUCCUAUUUCGUAUACAUAUAUGCGUUACGUCAGGAAAACGAGCAAGAUCAUACAAUUGCAAUUUCGUACGUUUUUACUCGGCACGCGCGAUUCAAAUCCUUCCGCGUUUAUCCUCGCGUAAACUGAAUCGACGAAUUUGGAGCUGAUUCGUUGCUCCUUCUUCUUGACAGGCAAAAGAGAUUAAACAAAAUGCGACCACGGCUGUUCGUGCUGUUUUUCUUUCUGUCGGCUUCCUCGGCGGAGCAACGACGAGUCGUAGAGGAGGAGAAUUGCGAGGAAGAUCGACCCUUUUUACUCCAUUACUUUUCCUGGGCCGAUUACGCGGUACUCUGCUCGAUGCUACUCAUCUCCUGCAUGAUAGGCACCUUCUACGGUUUCUUUGCGAAGAAACAAGAAACCAGCGAGGAUUUUCUUCUCGGGGGUUCCACCAUGGGUACCUUUCCUAUGGCCAUGUCUCUAGCCGCGAGUUUUAUCACGGCCAUCGAACUUCUUGGAAAUCCUGCCGAGAUGUACACUCAGGGUACUCAGUUUUGGAUGACGUGCCUGGCUUUUAUUUUAGUGGUACCGAUCACUUCUUAUCUCUAUUUGCCAGUUUAUAUGAAGCUCAGAUUGACCUCCAGCUACGAGUACUUGAAUUUACGCUUCGAUCGACAUUGUAGAUUACUUGCAAGCGGAUUAUACAUGCUUCAAAUGAUUUUUUAUACGUCCGUUGCUGUCUACGCACCGGCGUUAGCUCUAAGUCACGUCACAGGCCUUAAUACUUACAUAGCUGUUACUCUAGUCUAUUUUGUCUGCAUAUUUUACGCCUCGCAGGGUGGUAUGAAGGCGGUCAUAAUGGCCGACACGUUUCAAGCAGCCGUUCUCCUAGGAUCUCUCUUCCUCAUAGUCGGCUUAGGCAUCUUUUGGGCAGGCGGAAUUUCAUUGGUCUGGGAAGACAAUCGAAUAAGCGGAAGGAUAGAGGUCUUCAAUAUGGAUCCAAGUCCAACGGUACGACACAGCUUCUGGAGCGUCGUCGUUGGGGGUACUUUCUACUGGACCACCAUGUAUUGCAGUAAUCAGGCUUCCGUCCAAAAAUAUCUCAGCGUUUCAAGCAUCUCUCAAGCCAGAACGGCUUUGUGGGUUUCCAGUUUCGGAAUGAUCAUAAUAUAUACGAUCAAUUUUUUAACGGGCAUGGUACUUUAUAGCGUUUACAAAGACUGCGAUCCGCUUUCGGCCCAUUACAUAAGCAGCUCCGAUCAAAUACUGCCCCUAUACGUGAUGAAUUUUUUGGGAAGCCUUCGCGGUAUGCCCGGUUUCUUCGUCGCUGGUAUCUUUGCAGCAUCUUUGGGAACGGUCGCAAGUGCUUUGAACUCUUUGGCUGCGAUCACGUGCGAAGACGUUCUGCAAGGACUAUUCAAGAUGGAAUUACCCGGCCGCAAGGGAGCAAUUUACGCCAGAUGGAUCAGUAUAUUUUUUGGCGUCCUUAGUUUCGCUCUCGUCUUCGUCGUGGAACAACUCGGCAGCGUUCUCCAGGUGGCUUUGUCGUUCAAUGGUAUGGUGGGCGGAGUUACCCUGGGAUUAUUCUCUUUGGGCAUGUUCGUACCGUGGGCUAACGCCAAGGGGGCCAUGUUAGGGGCAAUUACCAGCCUCCUGAUAAUUCUGUGGAUCGGUUUAGGAGCUCAAGUAGCGAUUAUCAAUGGUCACAUUAAUCUCGAGAAUAAAGCUCUCUCGAUAAAGGACUGUCUCUGCUUAAACGACACGGCGGCCGAGCCGACAAUCGCAGCGACGAGUCUUACGGAGGAAAACGAAUAUUACGAGAUUUCUUCCAUUUAUAGGACGAGCUAUCUUUGGUACAGCGCUAUCGGUUUUAUCCUGACGUUGGUACUGGGUUUCGCGAUCAGUCUCCUAACCGGCUUACAAAAUCCGGCCGAACUCGAUCAAGAUCUUCUCAGUCCCCCGGUAGCAGCCAUAAUUCGUUUUCGAACGAAGAGACGAGCGAACAGGAACAACGUUCAAGGGGUUGUAAACUUUGGCCUGGAACUCGACGACGAGAAAGCGAACGCUCGAAAAAGUCCAAAGUGAUUGUCUCGUUAAGAACUUUAAUGCAUACGUUACGAUCUUACGCGUGUACAGAUAUUAUUUAUAGAGAUUUUCUUGAUCGCGAAACACAGUCAGCUGGAUUGCGUUGGAUCUGUAUCGCGCAAGAUUUUACCAAUUUAUCGAGUUAUAACUCGUUAUAACCCGAAAGAUCUAAUUAAUUCUUGCGAUAACGUUAAAAAAUAAGUGUAUCAUCUAACAAAUAGACUAUAUCUUCAAACGAAACGGUUGUACGAAUAGAUUUAAGUCGAUCGAUCGUUUCUUCAGCUUUUGACAGCUACUUUAAUAUUAUUAUAUUUUUCGCUGACUAAUUUCGUCGUUGUAUUGCUAUUAUUAUUAUUAUUACAUAUGAUUACUCUGUUAUAGUUAUUAUUAUCAUCGGUGUUAUUUAAAAUGUCUUGCCAAGCAGGAUGCAUUUUUUUUCGUGUAAACUCAAAUUGCAUGGUCGACGUUGCAUCGUUGAGGUUCGUCGUGAAAAAAAAACUACCGAUAAAAUUUCCUUACAUUUUCUUUUUAUUUUCGCUGAAAAGUUUUAUUCUUUCUGCGAGAAAAAGAGAACGUGAUUUAUAUUGCAGCGUGUUUGAAUAUUUUACAAAGCGGUAAGGCGCAAGCUUCCUCCUCCUACCCUCUUUGUAUAAUUGUACAUUUGAUAUCGAAAAAAAUAGAAAUUUCAUGAUCAGUUUUUAAGACUACAUACUUUUAUGUCAAACAAAUGGACUAAGGGAAAACAAAAAUUACAAGUAUUAAAGGGUAGACUUUGCUUGUCCAUUGAUGGAUUUUUUCUUUUAUCUUAAUGAUUUUAUUUAAUGAACGAGUUUGAAACUGUCAAGAUUUGUUGAUGUACGUUAGUUUGUUGAAUAAAUGUACGAUCAAGA